AAAUGUGCUUUGAAUUCUUUCUCAGAGCUCUGAAGAUUUUGGUUCCUGUUACGGAUUCUGCUGCCAUUAAGCAAAGUGGGAUUAGUCCACUUCACUGUGCAGCAGCAGGGGCACACCAUCAAUGCCUGGAACUUCUCAUCCAGGCUGGAUUUGAUGUGAAUUCCAUGCUAGAUCAGAUAAUAAGUAAACACUAUGACGAUCAAAGGAAAUCACCUUUGUAUUUUGCUGUAUCAAAUGGUGACCUCUCUUCAGUUAAGCUACUUCUGAAUGCUGGUGCUCUACCUAAUCAAGACCCAGUUAACUGCCUCCAGAUAGCCCUGCGGAUGGGCAACUAUGAACUGAUAAAUCUGCUGCUUCGACAUGGGGCCAAUGUUAAUUACUUCUGCCGAGUCAACCCUUUACAUUUCCCAUCAGCACUGCAAUACACCCUGAAAGAUGAAGUCAUGCUCAGGAUGCUGUUGAAUUAUGGGUAUGAUGCUGAGCGAUGUUUUGAUUGUCCUCAUGGAGACAAAGUUCAACCUAGACAUGUUUUUGAAGGCUGGACACCAGCAGUUAUCAAAGAUACUAUGUUCUGUGAAGUAAUAACUUUGUCUUGGCUGCAACAUCUUUCCGGAAAGGUUGUUCGUGUGAUGCUUGAUUAUGUCGAUCAAGUUCGGAUCUGUUCAAAGUUGAAAGCUGUGCUCCAAAAACAGGGGCUCUGGUCAGAAAUCAACCUUAUAUUAACAAACCCUCGCUCCCUAAAACAUUUGUGCCGCCUGAAGAUCCGGAAAUGUAUGGGACGUUUACACUUACGCUGCCCUGUCUUCAUGUCAUUUCUUCCGUUACCCAAUCGUCUAAAAGCGUAUGUCCUCUACAAAGAAUAUGACCUUUAUGAACAAGGAAUUUUCACAGGAACCUGGUAA